GACUGAAAGGAGUCCAAGGAGAUGGACCUGAAGAACUGGGUGCUGGCUGGCAGGUGCUUGACGAGCAGGGAGUGAGCGAGGUGUGUGUGGGAGGACUCCAGGGACAUGUUUGUGAGGCAGCUGCACACGUGAUGGGGAGGACGGGAGUCCCAGGUGGGCCGCGCGCCCUGGCCCGCUGUGACGUCAGGGUCUCGACGUUCCCGGAAGGCCUCUGGGGGGCGCUCCAGGCUUGCGGUCUGGACCUGGAGCCCCGCGACUAUUUGCAUAACGCUCAUUUACAUGGGACUCAUUUGCAUCAUCCUGUCACCUCGCGGACGCGAGUUGGGGGUGUGCGGAUGGUUUGAGGUGCUGCUGUCAGGUCCUAGGGAGGGGUGGCGCACCCUCUGAAUUGAGCCCAGCCUACUCCCCACCUGUGUGUAUGUACCUGGAGACGCUACCCCCACAGUGCCUGGGUCGCGCCAGCGGGAGCAGAGACAUUGACACGCACACGCGGUAGCACGCAGACCGCAGCCGAGAAACCGGGUACUUCGUGCAGGCCGAUCCCCUCUGCGGGGACACAGACAGACUCUCGGACACUCCGCCGCGCCGCCGCUCACACGCACAGCCCAGCCCAGCCCAGCCGGGUGGGAGCGGGAGGGGACCCUGUCCCGCCCACCUACUCGCCCCCGCUCCGCAGCCCCCCACCCCGACCUCACACGUGCCUUCUCUCCAGCGCCAGCCUCCGCUCCCCCUCAUCUCCGGCCCCGACCCCAGCCCCCAUCCCGACCUGCACCCUCCGCAGCCCCAGCGCCCCACCUCUGCGCCCUUCCAGCCCCGGUGCCCCCAGCCGUCCCCCAGCGCCCGCGGCCUCUGCGUUCUCUUUUGUGCCGUCGCCCUCCCGUCCUCAUCCGCCCGAUGCUCCUUGCGGCGCGAGCCGCGACUCCCCGCGGACGCUGGGGUCCCCGGAGGCGUCUUCCUUUGUCUCAGCUCCCCGCCCUCCCUCCGCGGCGCCCCUCGCCCCUCACUCACCGCCUCAGCCCCGGCCUGGGCGCGGGGAGCGGGCGCGGCCCUCCGCGGCCGGCUCUUUCUUCUCUCUCUCCGGAGGCGCGCGCGCCCCUCCCGCUCGCAGCCGUCGCCGCUCCCGCCUCUGCCGGGGACCGAGCAGCCGGGACCCGCCGAGUCCCGGGCAAGGGGCCGCUCGCCGCCCUUCCCACUCGGACCGGCUUCUCCUGGGCGGCCGCGCGGGCAGGAUCCGGGGCUGCGGGACUCCCCGAGGCUGGCUCCGGGAAGCCCGAGCCCCGCGGAGAGCUGCUGGCGCCUCCGGCCCAGGCCCUGGCCGGUGUGGACGGCAGGGGUGGUGCUGGCCCUCGGUUCCUCGUCCACCUCCCUCCGAGCCCAAACUUGGGAUUUCUACUCCGGGAGAAUUCUGCACACCUCCCUUUAUGAGCCUCAAGGGCUGUGGAGGGGGCCCGGCGCCCCCGACUCCCCAGCUGUGACUGGAGCUGAACUUUGAGAAUAUAGCUGCUGUCAACUGGCCCAGGGGUCCAAGAAUGGGGCAAGUGGCACCGAAGAGGCCCAAGGGCACCCCGUGAGGACCCCCACGCCUCAAGAGUGGGGGCUGAGGAUCCCAGGCCAUGCCUCCACUGCCGCUGGAGCGGGACCCCCGGCAGCGGCGCGGGCUCUCCCUGCUGGUGCGAUAUUUCAUGAUGCCCUGUAACGUCUGCCUGAUUCUCCUGGCCACCGCCACGCUCGGCUUCGCGGUGCUACUCUUCCUGAACAACUACAAACCUGGGACCCACUUCAUGCCAGUGCCCCCAACGCCUCCGGAUGCGUGCCGAGGAAUGCUGUGUGGCUUCGGCGCCGUCUGCGAGCCCAGCGCGGAGGAGCCGGGCCAAGCCUCCUGCGUGUGCAAGAAGAGCGUCUGCCCCAGCGUGGUGGCGCCCGUGUGCGGCUCGGAUGCCUCCACCUACAGCAACGAGUGCGAGCUGCAGCGGGCGCAGUGCAGCCAGCAGAGGCGCAUCCGCCUGCUGCGCCGGGGGCCCUGCGGGACCAGGGACCCCUGCUCCAAUGUAACCUGCAGCUUUGGCAGCACCUGUGCGCGCUCCGCAGACGGACUGACAGCCACGUGCCUGUGCCCUGCCACGUGCCUGGGGGCCCCCGAGGGCCCUGUGUGUGGCAGCGAUGGCACUGACUACCCCAGCGAGUGCCAGCUCUUGCGCCAAGCCUGCGCCCACCAGGAAAACGUGUUCAAGAAGUUCGACGGCCCUUGCGACCCCUGCCAGGGCGCCCUCAACGACCUGAGCCUCAUCUGCCGUGUGGACCCACGCACGCGGCGCCCCGAGAUGCUCCUGCGGCCAGAGAGCUGCCCUCCGAGGCAGGCGCCCGUGUGUGGGGAUGAUGGGGUUACCUACAGUAACGACUGCGUCAUGGGCCGAACCGGGGCCACCCGAGGACUCCUCCUCCAGAAAGUGCGCUCUGGCCAGUGCCAGCCUCGAGACCAGUGCCCAGAGGCGUGCAAGUUCAGUGCCGUGUGCCUGUCCCGCCGAGGCCGCCCCCGCUGUUCCUGCGACCGUGUUAUCUGUGAUGGGGCCUACAAACCCGUGUGCGCCCACGACGGGCACACAUAUGACAAUGACUGCUGGCGCCAGCAGGCCGAGUGUCAGCAGCAGCGCAGCAUCCCCGCCAAACGCCAGGGCCCGUGUGACCAGCCCCCGUCCCCGUGCCGCGGGGUGCAGUGUCCAUUCGGGGCGAUGUGUGCUGUGAAGAAUGGGGAAGCCGAGUGUGCGUGUCAGCGAGCGUGUUCAGGCAUCUACGAUCCCGUGUGUGGCAGCGACGGCGUCACGUACGGCAGCACGUGCGAGCUGGAGGCUACGGCCUGCGCCCUUGGGCGGGAGAUCCGGGUGGCUCGCCGAGGACCCUGUGACCGCUGUGGGCAGUGCCGCUUUGGAGCCCUGUGCGAGGCUGAGACCGGGCGCUGCGUAUGCCCCUCCGAGUGCGUGGCCUCGGCCCAGCCCGUGUGUGGCUCUGACGGGCGCACAUAUGCCAGCGAGUGUGAGCUGCACGUGCACGCCUGCACACGCCAGAUCGGCCUGCACGUGGCCUCGGCUGGACCCUGCGAGACCUGCGGAGACACAGUGUGCGCCUUCGGGGCCGUGUGCUCGGCGGGGCGGUGCGUGUGUCCCCGGUGCGAGCGCCCUCCGCCCGGCCCCGUGUGUGGCAGCGACGGCGUGACCUACCGCAGUUCCUGCGAGCUCCGCGAGGCGGCCUGCCAGCAGCAGAUGCAGAUAGAGGAGGCCCGGGUGGGGCCAUGUGAGCAGGCCGAGUGCGGCUCGGGAGGCUCGGGCUCUGGAGAGCACGGUGAGUGUGGACAGGAGCUGUGCCGGCAGCGAGGCGGCAUCUGGGACGAGGACUCAGAGGACGGGCCGUGCGUCUGCGACUUCAGCUGCCAGAGCGUCCUGAGGAGCCCGGUGUGCGGCUCGGACGGGGUCACCUACCGCACCGAGUGUGAGCUGAAGAAGGCCAGGUGUGAAUCGCGGCCAGAGCUGUACGUCGUGGCCCAGGGAGCCUGCAGUGCCCCCACCUUGGCCCCGCUGCUGCCUGCGGUUCCCCUGCACUGCGCUCAGAGCCCCUACGGCUGCUGCCUGGACAACAUCACUGCUGCCCGGGGCGUGGGCCUGGCCGGCUGCCCCAGCUCGUGCCAGUGCAACCCCCACGGCUCCUACGGUGGCACCUGUGACCCGGCCACAGGCCAGUGCUCCUGCCGUCCGGGCGUGGGGGGCCUCAAGUGUGACCGCUGCGAGCCCGGCUUCUGGAACUUCCGUGGCAUUGUCACCGAUGGCCGGAGUGGCUGUACCCCCUGCAGCUGUGACCCCCAGGGGGCUGUGCGGGACGACUGUGAACAGAUGACCGGACUGUGCUCCUGUAAGCCCAGGGUGGCUGGACCCAGGUGCGGGCAGUGUCCAGACGGCCGUGCCCUGGGCCCUGCUGGCUGUGAGACAGACUCCCCGGCACCCAAGACCUGUGCUGAGAUGCCUUGUGAGUUCGGGGCGUCCUGCGUGGAGGAAGCUGGCUCCGCCCACUGCAUGUGCCCAACACCCGCCUGUCCAGGGGCCAAUGCUACCAAGGUCUGUGGGUCAGAUGGAGUCACCUAUGGCGACGAGUGCCAGCUGAGGACCAUUGCCUGCCGUCAGGGCUUGGACAUCUCUAUCCAGAGCCUUGGCCCUUGCCAGGAAGACAUCACUUCCGGCCCCCGUCCGACAUCUGCCUCUGUGGCCCUCUCAGGGCUUGACCUGAGCAAGGCGCUGCUGCCUCCACCCAGCGCCCUCUCCCUGGCUCCCAGCAGUACCGCUCGACCCGCAUCGCAACCUUGGACCACUGCCAGCGUCCCCAGGACCGCUGCAAGGCCUGUGCUGACCAUGCCUCCCACGGCCGCCUCCCCGGCAGCCAGCCUCGUCACAUCUGCCUUUGGCAGCGCCGAUGGGAGCGGUGACGAGGAGCUGAGUGGUGACUUGGAGGCCAGUGCGGCUGGCUCAGGAGGACUUGAGCCCCCUGAGAGAGACAGCGCUGGGACCCCCGGGCCACCCAUGGAGAGGGCUUCCUGCUACAACUCGCCUAUGGGCUGCUGCUCAGAUGGCAAGACACCCUCACUGGACGCAGAGGGCUCCAACUGUCCUGCCACCAAGGUGUUCCAGGGUGUGCUGGAGCUCGAGGGGGUCGAGGGGCAGGAGCUGUUCUACACGCCGGAGAUGGCCGACCCCAAGUCCGAGCUGUUUGGGGAGACGGCCAGGAGCAUCGAGAGCGCGCUGGAUGACCUCUUCCGGAACUCGGACCUUAAGAAGGACUUUCGAAGUGUCCGCCUGCGGGACUUGGGGCCCGGCAACUCCGUCCGAGCCAUCGUGGAUGUGCACUUCGACCCCACCACAGCCUUCAGGGCACCCGAUGUGUGCCAGGCCCUGGUCCGGCAGAUCCAGGCAUCCAGGCGCCGGUCCCUGGGCGUGAGGCGGCCUCUGCAGGAACACGUGCGGUUCAUGGACUUCGACUGGUUUCCUGCGUUCUUCACGGGAGCCACCCCUGCUGCAGCCACAGCCAGAGCCACCACUGUGGCCCGCCUGCCACCUUCAGCUGUGACCCCUCGGGCCCUCUAUCCCAGUCACACAAGCCGGCCCGUCAGCAGGAUCACAGUGCCCUUCACCGCGCGCCAGCCCCCCACCCCUGCCCCUAGCCGUAUGCCUGCACACCGGCCCUCGCCCCCAGGCAUCCAGCAGCCCCCAAGGCCCUGUGACUCCCAGCCCUGCCUCCACGGGGGGACCUGCCAGGACCAGGGCUCAGGUGGAGACUUCACCUGCCGCUGCACAGCGGGCAGGGGGGGCGCUGUCUGCGAGCAGGCACCGCGCCCCUCCGUGCCGGCCUUCGGGGGCCACUCCUUCCUGGCCUUCCCCACCCUCCGUGCCUACCACACCCUGCGCCUGGCGCUUGAAUUCCGGGCGCUGGAGCCCCAGGGUCUGCUACUGUAUAACGGCAAUGUCCGGGGCAAGGACUUCCUGGCACUGGCGCUGCUGGGGGGCCGCGUGCAGCUCAGGUUCGACACAGGUUCGGGGCCCGCGGUGCUGACCAGCUCAGUGCCCGUGCAGCCCGGCCGGUGGCAUCACCUGGAGCUGUCUCGGCACUGGCGCCAGGGCACUCUCUCGGUGGAUGGUGAGACCCCUGUCCUGGGCCAGAGCCCCAGUGGCACUGACGGCCUCAACCUGGACAUGGACCUUUUUGUGGGUGGCGUCCCAGAGGACCAGGCUUCCGUGGUGCUCGAGCGGACCUCUGUCGGCGUUGGGCUUAGGGGCUGCAUCCGCUUGCUGGACGUCAACAACCAGCAGCUGGAGCUGAGUAACUGGCAGGGGUCUGCGACCCGAAGCUCUGGAGUGGGCGAGUGCGGGGACCACCCCUGUGUGCCUAACCCCUGCCUCGGCGGGGCCCCGUGCCAGGCCCUGGAGGCCGGCAUGUUCCACUGUCGGUGCCUACCCGGCCGCUUUGGCCCGACCUGUGCUGACGAGAAGGACCCUUGUCAGCCGAACCCCUGCCAUGGGGCAGCCCCCUGCCGCGUGCUGCCCCAGGGCGAGGCCAAGUGCGAGUGCCCUCGGGGCCGGGAGGGCAGCCUCUGCCAGACAGUCUCAGAGCGCGAGAAUAGCCAGCCUUUCCUGGCCGACUUCAGCAGCUUCUCCUACCUGGAGCUGAAAGGCCUGCACACCUUUGAGCGGGACCUGGGGGAGAAGAUGGAGCUGGAGGUGGUGUUCCUGGCCCGGGGCCCCAGCGGCCUGCUCCUCUACAACGGGCAGAAGACAGACGGCAAGGGCGACUUCGUGUCGCUGGCACUGCACGACCGUGUCCUGGAGUUCCGCUACGACUUGGGCAAGGGGGCAGCGGUCAUCAGGAGCAAGGAGCCAGUGGCCCUGGGCGCCUGGACCAGGGUCUCCCUGGAGCGAAACGGACGCAAAGGAGCCAUGCGGGUCGACGAUGGGCCCCGUGUGCUGGGGGAGUCCCCGAAAUCCCGCAAGGUGCCGCACACCGUCCUCAACCUGAAGGAGCCGCUCUACGUAGGGGGGGCCCCUGACUUCAGCAAGCUGGCCCGGGCAGCCGCCGUGUCCUCUGGCUUGGAUGGUGCCAUCCAGCUGGUCUCCCUGAACGGCCGCCAGCUGCUGACCCGGGAGCACGUGGUGCGGGCGGUGGGUGUCUCGUCCUUUGCAGACCACCCUUGUACCCAGGCCGAGGGUCACCCUUGCCUCAACGGGGCCUCCUGUCUCCCUCGGGAGGCCUCCUACGAGUGCCUGUGUCCUGGGGGCUUCUCAGGGCUGCACUGCGAGAAGGGCCUGAUUGAGAAGUCGGCCGGGGACUUGGACACACUGGCCUUUGACGGACGGACCUACAUCGAGUACCUCAAUGCCGUGGCGGAGAGCGAACUGACCAAUGAGAUCCCAGCCCCUGAAACUCCGGAUUCCAGGGCACUUCCCAGCGAGAAGGCGCUACAGAGCAACUACUUUGAGCUGAGCCUGCGCACCGAGGCCACGCAGGGGCUGGUGCUGUGGAGUGGCAAAGCCGCAGAGCGGGCCGACUACAUCGCACUGGCCAUCGUGGACGGGCGCCUGCAACUGGCUUACGACCUGGGCUCCCAGCCCAUGGUGCUGCGCUCCACCGUACCAGUCAGCACCAACCGCUGGUUGCGGGUCAGGGCACACAGGGAACAGAGGGAAGGCUCCCUUCAGGUGGGCAAUGAGGCCCCUGUGACUGGUUCCUCCCCACUGGGUGCCACGCAGCUGGACACAGAUGGAGCCCUGUGGUUGGGUGGCCUAGAGAAGCUGCCUGUGGGCCAGGCCCUGCCCAAGGCCUACGGCACGGGCUUCGUGGGCUGCCUGCGGGACGUGGUGGUGGGUCGGCGCCCGCUGAACCUGCUGGAGGAUGCCGUCACCAAGCCGGACCUUCGGCCCUGUCCUGCCCCGUGAGCCACAAUGCAACCACGACCCACCCUGCUGUAAUUAUUUUCUAUUUUUGUAAACUUGUUGCUUUUUUGAUAUGAUUUUCUUGCCUAUGUGUCAGCCGGAGGGACUGCUGGCCCGGCCUCCCUCCCGUCCAGGCAGGCGCGCUGCAGAGACAGACUUGGUGCCAAGGGACUCCAAGGGGUUGGGGGAGGAAUGCUGCACAUGGAGGGCUUGGCUCACUCAGCAGCCUUGGGGCGUGCCCCUCUGCCUUGGGACACCGUGUCCUGGCCUCUCAGGCUGUGCCUUCCCCAAGUAUCCACUUGUGCUGGCCCCUGUGUUCUCCAGCCUGUCGGCAGGCCCCGCAUACAUACAUUGCCCAUGUUCCAUCUGGCGAGGCCUGUGUCCCCAGAGCAGGUAGGCACUGUAGGGUUUAGGGUGCCCUUCCUCUGUGCAAGCCCCAUGGGGCCUCUCUGGGUUCCCAUCUGAGCCGCCCCUCCUCCCUGCCUAUGUUGGGCGGGACCAGCCUCACCAGGGCCCGCUGAGCCCAGGCCCCCUAUGCCAGUCCUGUGAAACAAUGUCACUGUUGAGGCCAUGCUGUGCCCCUCCCUCCAGCUGAGUCUACCUUUCCCAGGGCACUGGAGAGCAGAGGCCGGGCACAGGCCUGUUCAGGGCACCCUGGCCUGCAGCUGUGCCCAUCCACCCAGCCACCCUGGACAUGGCUGUGUCCCCCCUCCUCCCCCCAAGGCCCCACGAGGAACCCUGAGAGGGCGUGGGGCCACUUGUGACGUGGAGGACGUCACUGCCUGCCUGCCUGGGGGGGGGGCCAGCAUCCCCUCCUGAGGAUGCACGUCCAGGCCUGGCCACCAACCGCAGAGUCUUUAUGUACUGAUUUUAUUUGACAGCUGGGGUGGCAGGGCUGUUGUCUUUCCUGUCCUGGCCCGAGGGCAGCUGAGGACGCCGCACAGCAAAGCUGUCCAGUUGUGGUGUGAGGAGGGGUUGUCCUUAUCCAGGAGUGACCGGGGGCGGGCUGGGCGUCUAGGCAACACCAAGGGGCAGGUGCGGGGUGGCAGAGACGGCUGCAAAGCCAGAGACACCUUAAACUGCAAUGUUAGGUCUCAUCUGGUCCCGUCCCCCCAGCCGCCCUCACCUGUCCUGGCGGGGGUGGCAGCCCCUCCCCCAGCCCCUCCCCCAGCCCAGCCAGGCUGUCAGGCUCAGAGGCUGCAGGAGCCUCAGAAGUCCUGUUACUAACUCCAAUUUGUGUUUGUGUCAAUCACCGUGAAAUAAAGUCUGAACACUUGCAA